AUGUACAAUGGUAACCCUAUAGUACGUAAUGAGAGGAUAUUUAUAGAAGAAGAUGGUCAUAUUGAUGUAAGGCAAUUAUUUGAUAAUCAACAGCUGGCGAAAACGUCCCUGGUAGAAGAGGUUUGGGGCUUUAUCAAUCGAGUUGUAUCUUGUUUAAAAGUUUAUCUAUUAUCGCUACUAGGGAAUUGCAGUAGGCAUAACCCUUUUUUAUACAAGCAGCUGCUCGAAAAGAAUGUCCAGCAAACAAAGAUGCUAAACAAUGAAUCAAAAUCUAACGACAUUUCAGAUAUAGAGAUUAUCAGCAAACAAGAUUUCAUCACAAACGAUUACCACUUGGUAAAUAAACAAACAUCUCCGCGACUACGUGAAAACAGUAUCUUGGUUGACUACGAUGGUGAUGGUUUUGGUGAUGGUUUUGGUUUUGGUGAUGGUGGGAAUUGGACUUUAAGCUCACUGGAACAUGAUAGACACGACGAGAUGCAAAAUGUUGGUCGGGCGCUACGAGGGAUGGCUAUCAAAAGAUUACAAUCCAAUGCUAAACCAGUUUCUUCCCAAUAUGGCACAGACUUUUCAAUUGCAAAACCAAUCCAGUAUAAUCUUCCCGCAGCUACUGUUUUAUCCAACAUGGUUAAAGCUACAACAGCACUGUCCAACAUGGUUAAAGCUACUUCAACAGCACUGUCCAGCAUUGGUCAAUUCGGCAUACCACCAAAACCUAUAACAAAAUACCAAGAAUCGGUACUAAAUUACUAUGCGCAUACUAAACUCCUAUCUACCACAUCACCUUCAAUAUUGGAUACUCUUAUUUCAAACAUUCGCAAGGAGAAGAUCACGUCAACUUUUGAACAAACUCAAGCUAAAAUUCAAGACUUGAUAACAAAAAAGAGAUUAGAAACAAGCACAACAACCACUGCAGUUCAAAAAUUGACCGAUGAGCAAUUAAAGCAAGUUUAUCAAGCUUGGGAAUCGAAUCCAAGAAAAUUGUAUGUUGUUAAAUAUAGCAUCGAAUUAGUAGCAGGCGAUAUACAAACACUAAAAGAUAAUCGAUGGUUAAAUGACAAUGCAAUAGAUUUUUAUAUCAAUUUGAUAAUGCAAGAAAUUCCCCGUAUAUUUGGAUGGACAACACAUUUUUAUACAACUUUAGAGGAACGAGGAUACAAGGGAGUUGAAAGAUGGGCAAAGAGGAAAAAAUUGGAUUUGUUCACAAUGGAAAAAAUUUUGGUUCCUGUUAAUAUUCAUAACACUCAUUGGGCUCUAGCUGUGAUUGACAAUAAAGAGAAGAGUAUAGUGUAUUAUGAUUCAUUAGAUGGUUCAGGAAGAGGCAAUAUCGAAGCCGUUUCAAAUCUACAAAUGUAUAUGGAUAAAGAAGCUCAAAGACUAGGUCGUGAUUCAAUAACUUAUAAAUUGGUUCCUUCAAGAAAAGCUCCGCAGCAACGAAAUGGCACAGAUUGUGGAGUUUUUACAUUAGUCGCAGCAAGAUACAUUGCUGAAAAUAAGGAGUUGAACUAUUCGCAAACAGAUAUGAAAACUUUAAGAAGGCGAAUUGUGUAUGAAAUGUUGAAUAAUUUACUACUAAAAUAA